UCCAACAGAAGAAGAGCAACAUGGCCAAAGACUUGGAGUAUAUGUCUGGAUUUGGCAAUGAAUUUGCCACAGAAGAUCCACGCUGCCCAGGCGCACUGCCCAAGGGACAGAACAGUCCACAGGUUUGCCCGUAUGGCCUGUAUGCAGAACAGCUUUCUGGGACCGCUUUUACAGCUCCACGACAAGAAAAUCAGAGAAGUUGGUUUUAUCGGAUUCGGCCAUCCGCUGUUCAUGAACCUUUUAAGAAAAUAGACCGAGGUCUCAUGACCCACAACUGGGAUGAUGAUGAUCCCAAUCCAAACCAGCUACGAUGGAAGCCACUUGAUAUUCCUUCUGAAAAAGUGGACUUUGUGCAGGGCCUGACAACAAUCUGUGGUGCUGGAGACCCCAAAUCAAGGAAUGGAAUUGCUGUGUACAUCUACACAUGCAAUACCUCCAUGGAGAACAAGUGUUUCUAUACUUCGGACGGUGAUUUUCUCAUUGUACCAGAGAAGGGUGGAUUGUUUAUAACAACAGAGUUUGGAAGAAUGCAAGUGAAUCCCAAUGAGAUAUGUGUUAUUCAGAGAGGUAUAAGAUUCAGUGUUGAUGUAUCUGGAGAAACGCGCGGUUACAUUUGUGAAGUGUUUAAUGACCACUUUCAGCUACCUAGCCUUGGUCCAAUUGGCGCCAAUGGUCUGGCUAAUCCCAGAGACUUCCUGACUCCUGUAGCUUGGUUUGAGGAUCGUGACGUACCAGAUUACACUGUUGUCAGCAAAUACCAUGGACACCUGUUUGCUGCUAAACAGAACCAUUCCCCGUUUGAUGUUGUGGCCUGGCAUGGAAACUAUGCACCAUACAAGUAUGACCUGUCUAAAUUCAUGGUCAUCAACUGUGUAUCUUUUGAUCAUGCGGAUCCGUCUAUAUUCACUGUACUGACCUGUCCCUCGGCCAAGCCUGGAACAGCAGUUGCUGACUUUGUUGUGUUUCCUCCUCGUUGGUCCGUUCAGGAGCACACCUUCCGACCACCAUACUACCACAGAAACUGUAUGAGUGAAUAUAUGGGACUCAUCUAUGGAUCAUAUGAAGCAAAGGGAGGUGGUUUUCUCCCAGGAGGAGGCAGCCUACACAGCAUGAUGACACCUCAUGGACCAGACACCGAGUGUUUCGAGAAAAAUUCCACCAUGGAGCUCAAACCUCAGAAGAUUGCUGUUGGCACUAUGGCUUUUAUGUUUGAGUCUUCGUUCAGCAUGGCGGUGACAAAGUGGGCCAACGGAAACAAGGUGGAGCCACAGUAUUAUGAAUGCUGGCAGUCACUGAAGAAGUGUUUCAACCCGGACUGGAAGCCAACAGAUGAUGACAAAGAACCAAAGACCUUCACAUUUUGAUGGCAUGCUUCAUGCAUUUCAAGGAAGGUGACCAGUUAACAAGAAUUUCGUAGGGCAGCUAAUCUAAUGGAUUUCUUGAGCCUGUUGGUCUUUGAAACAAAGAGAGUAUUAGAAUUAUUAUCUGACUUGCUUUAAUAUUAUAUUAUCCAUGGAUGAAUAUUCAGGAUUUUAUUGGUUAAUGUGUUUUUGGACAUUGAUUACUCUGUAAUAAUUUAUCUGCAGUCUACAUCAAGAUAUUGUUAUUAGUGCACACUAUACAUUUUAAUUUAGCUGUUUUAUAUAUAGUCUAUUCUUCAGUAUACAUGAAUUAUAUAGGUAUCUUUUUAUUGUAUUCAUUAUUGAUUUGAUUGACUAGUUAUAUAAUAAUAUAUAUACAUUUUUCCUGCAAUCAAUAUAUUUAUAUAUUUGUCAAAAUAUGAUGACUGAUAAAUUUCUAUAUGACCAAAUGUCUAGCUUUUAGCUAUGGAACUAGUUUUACACUAGUUAUGACCAGCAAAGGAGUGUUCUUUUGUUAAAAGUUAUUUAUUCUUUUAUUUUCAGUUGAUUAUUUUGAUUUUUAAUAACAGUUUUGCAGACAAUUUUUAAUAGUUAGAAAGAAAUUGUUGCUAUUUAAGAACUAUUUUGUUUUGGUAUAUGAAUAUUGUAAGCGACACGGCAUUCAACACGUGUGGACAUACUACUCUGGAAAACGUUAAACAUAAAAAAUAAAAUGGUUCAUUUUAUUAUUUUUUAAUAAUAUGUGGAUUGCAGUAUAAAUUUAAAAAAACCCUUAGAUAUCGCCUUUAUCCUGCUCAGUAACCACUUAUUCUCUGUAUAUAAAAACACAUAAUAUUUGAUUUUCUGUAUGAAACAACAGUUUACUACUUGAUUGUUUUGAAGUGUUUUACCAUAGAUGAACUAUUUUAAUCUGUGGUUGUUGGUAUUUUGAAAUAAGUGUAGGCACCACACAACUAUUCCUUAUGUUGUUACUUUGUAUAGCAGCCUGUUAAAGGUUUUCAUUAGAAAAUUAAUAUUAAACUGUAGAAUGUGCCUUGCAAUUGAUGAUUAUAUGUAGACUGACCUCUGUACCAUUUAAAUAACCCAGUGAUUUGAAAUUAUGCGUUACUUUUAUUACAAAAGUAAAUUAUACCAACUGUGCAUGUGAUAUGCUUCCGCUUAUAUAAUACCAAAUGAGGUGGUUCUUUGCUUUAAGGGUGGGUAACUCCACAGUUUUGUGGGCAACUUACAUUGGUGUUUUACAGCUUAGUUAUCAAGUGACUGUACUUCUUUAAAAUAAUAGUUAAUUGGUUCUCUCAGUAUUGUAGUAUAGAAAUUGAUUUAAAAUCCAUAAAAAAAAUGAAUGGUUGUGUGCAAUCUAUAGUGUUUCCAACAUGUUUCAUGUUUGUUUUUUUCUUUUAUUCACAAUGUUAAGGUGUUUGAAAUUUAGUUCUUUUUCUGAUAGCUGUGGCUUUGUCUACUUUUCCUAUUUUGUGUUUUUUGUUUCAGUAACAAUUUGUUUGGUAAAUUUGUUUGUUACAUUUAAGAAUUAAUGCUUAUUACUAUGACACAUUUGUUAUGGAUGGAGAUUUUGGUUCUUUGGUUUGGCUUUCCUAAAUUAAGGUCAAGGUCACUGCUUAAAGGUUUUGUCAUGGCUUUUUGGAUAAGAGUUUUAGAAAUGCAUGUCUUUAUGCUUAAUUGAAGAUUUCUAGAUUCUGCCGUGACUUUUAUUUUUAUUCUGCACAUGAAUCGAGUGAUUUAUUUUCUCCUUUGUUGUUGUUUUUCUUUUAUCAACAUCAUGAUGUUAAAGUGAAGGUCAUUGGUUGAGGUUAAAUGUUCUGUAUAUACUAUUAGGUGGUUAACUAUUAUGACCGUAGAUGGUGCAUGACCACACCAGUGACUAUUCAAUUUGUAAAUCUGUGCAAUAUAUUUCAUAUAAGACUUAAGAUUUAAAAACUAGUUUCUUUUUUUGUGAGGUAUUAAAACAGUUUGCAAUGCAAAAUACAGACAUGAAAUAAUUCCUAAUUAACAUAUAUAUAUAUAUAUUACUCAGUGACAUGCUUUUUCAAUACUGGUUACUUCAUGUCCAUGAGUUGUAUUUUACAGCAGACAAUCAAACAACAGCAUGAGAAGUUUUCAGAUCUUAUGAGUUUUCAAGGUGCUGGCAGCUUGCGUACAUGAAUUAGUGUUCUAUUAUGUUAUUACUGUCUUCCAUUAUGUCCGAUGUAGUUGCUAUAAAGUUGGUUACAUAUGAACACACUUAGAAUUAGUGGCCUUAGAAAUGCAGAACCCUUUAUCAGGUUAGAGGUCAACUUAAAGGGACAGACCCUAGUUUCAGCCCAUGAAAAUGCAUACUAAGUUUAGUUAAUCUACAAACCUGUAACACAUUUAGAUAAAGUUACAAUUGAGUGAAACCCGAGUCUGUGACUUUGAAAUGGUGAAAUACCCUCUAAAUAUAGACUAAAACUCUACUCCAUAACUGUUACUUCUCAGACGCACGUGCAUUUUUAAAAAUAUGAGAAAUGCAUUUUGUAAUAUUCAAGAAGGGUUGAGAUUUUCGUAAAUGUCCAUAUUUUAGUAUUAACAAAUAUUUUGAACCAAUAUACAUAUACUAGUAUACAUUGUAUAAUUUGACAAUCAUUACAUUUACAAUAAAUAGUUUAUAGUUAUAUACAGUUACAGCAUGCUGUGUUGUAUACAAUUUUGAAUAUUUUAAGAUUUGUUUUUUCUUUAAAAAGCUGGAGCUGAUUGGUUAAUGUUAUUAGCAUAACAUGUUAAGAAUGGAUCAUGUUUGUGUAUCGUAAAUGAGUGCAGGCACAGGUGGUUUCUAGACGUAUGUGCAAGUACUUUUUCGGUUGUGAGGGAGAUGGGUAAGGAAUGAUGUCUAGACUGUGGCGAACAAAGUUUAUGCGUGUUCAACCCCAUGAAACACAAUCCCCUGCACACGUGCCUUGUUUCAUUGUUUGAUUCUAGUUUCUAGUGCUAUAAAUUAUUUUCAGUUUUAUGAAUGUGAAAUAGAAUUACUGAUGAUGAAGUAAUUUGCAUGAAUGGCUAGUCAUGAUUUCAUUUGGUAUCUAAAAUAAAAUCUUAAUUGGU